GAGGCUGAAGAGAGAUGUGGAGCCCAGCUGCAGUGGGACCAGCCUGAGGCCUGACGAGGGCUUGGCCCAGAGCCCCCAAGUUCAUCAUUCACAAUGAUGCCUCAGAAACCCUCCCAGAGCCCCUCCACUCCAACAGACGUCACCCCGAAGCCAGCUGCAGAAGCUGUGCAGGGCGAGCACAGCGACACCGGCCCCACGUCCCUCAGCGGGCUCAUCCUGUCAGCACUGGGGGCCCAAGAUCUCCUCGACUCGCUGCACUCCUACUGCUUCUGCUCCCGGGGGAACAGGAGCACGGGUGCCACCUGCAGGAGCAGGUGGAGAAGGACAGCGAGCUGAAGAGGGGCAGCCGCCGACAGCCAGGUGCACAUGCUGCAGGAGGAGCUGGACGAGCUGAAGGGAGGGGGCUCCCUGCCUUAGCAGCCUGCUGCCCCCAGCCAAGGAAUGGAAUCUUAAACCAGUCAGUGGGGAAUCGCCUGAUGAGCAGCAGUUUGGUGGCAGCAGUGGGAUUCAAAGGACUCAUCUGAUGGCUUCGGAGAUGAGAAACACAGGCAUUGGUCUACUGAGACAUACUUGAUAUACAGCACUGUGCAAGUUAACACUGCUGUGUGGUAUAUUUGAAAGUUGCCAAGAGAGUAGAUCCUAAAAUUUCUCAUCACCAGGAUAAAAGCUUUUAUUUCUGUGUCGUGAUGGAUGUUAACUAACCUUAUUUUGGUAACCAUUACAUAAUAUAUAUAUCAAGUCAUUCUGCUGUAAACCUGGAAUUUACACAGUGUCCACUGAACUUUUCUUGAGCACCUGGAGCAGCGAAGAGUCAAGCAGAGGUCUUUCUGGCUGUCCCCCUGCCUCAGAAACAACUUGUACCUCCUCUUACUAGUGUUCAUCUCCACAAUCAAAGUUGGUCAUAAGCAGGGGGAGGGGUGCAAGAGCUUCCCAUGUACUCAUUCAGCAGCUGUGCACUGAGCCCUCACCCUGUGCCGGGUGCCCUGGUGGGCCGAAGUGCAGGAUGAAAAUGACCAAGUGGUCCCUGCCCGCCAGGAGCUCACAAUCUAGAGGGGAAAGAGACAAAAGCAAAGACAUGAGAAAGAAAAGAGCAAGUGCUGUAGAGAAACACAGCAGGGGGUUGUGAGGGAGGGCUGGGGGUCACUGGUAGGAGGGUCUGAAAGGCCUCACUGGGGUGACAUUUGCUGGGACCAGAAUGACAGGGGGGAGCCAGCCCUGCACGAGCCUGGUAGCAGUGUGUCAGGGAGAAGGUGCGACUGAUGCAGAGUCUUGCAGGCAAGAGUGAGUUUGGCCGGAAGAGGUUAGAAAGGUGGCCAGUGUGGCUGGAGGGAGGCUGGGAGGAGAGAACAGGAGCUGGGGUGGAAGGUAGGGCCAGGGCCUGGUGGGCUGUGUCAGUUACCUUUCCCUCUCUGACUUCAUUGCCCCAACCUUGCAUUUCAAAACUACAAACGUUGACUAUCUCACAAUUUGUGUGGAUCAGCAAUCAGGCACGUUUUAGCUGGGCGCCUCUGCCUCAAUGAGUUUAACAGGUUGGGGCUGUGGCCUCAACUGAGGCUCAACGGGGGAAGGACUGGCCCCCAAGUUCACUCUCAGCCUUCAGGGUUCAGUUUGGACUGAGAGCCUGAGUUCCCUUCUGUCUGUUGGCCUGGGCACUCCCUUGUUUCUCUCCUCGAUGGGCCUCCACAUUGGGCAGCCCCAAAACACCAGUAUUUGAUUCCUCAGUUCCAGGGAUUCGACAGAGUGAGAGAGAGACACGGAGUAAGAGGAAGUGAGAGACUUUUUUAGUUAAAAUCUAGACAAGACAUCCUGUCACCUUGGCUGUUAUUAUGUUCAGAAGCCAGUGACUAACCACUUAGUGGUUCCACGGGGAGGUGUAUAACAUGGGUGGGGCUUACUGGGUACCCCUGUGGAGGCUAUCCACCUCAUAGGCCAAGAUGAGGCACUUGGGUCUGAUUCUACAUAAAGCAGCAAACAAUUGAAUGGUUUUAUGCCACAGUAUGGCAAUAUCUGAAUUUCCAUUAGUUUCAACCCCCUCAUGAUGCUGACCUGAAAAUGAGGCCAAGUUGGAUGUGACUGUCCCAAAAUCACAUUCCUGGAACCCAGGCCUGUUUUGAGUGGUGUUCUGUGCUGCGUGUCACCCCUCAUUAUUAUUCUUCCAUCUCUAAGUUUGGGCCUUAGGUACAUGUGACACCAGCCCACAGGGGUAAUAGAUAUUAUCUCAUAUACACUGGGUGACGUCCCUAGGAAGUAGAUUCUAGCCUGAUCCCCAUGGUACAGGUUUGGAGACUGGGGAGGACCUGAGAGGCACAGUGACUUUCCCAGGAUGCAGAACUGGUAAGAAAAAGAAGGUCUGCAUUCAUCUCUGUCUCCUCAAAGCUAGGACCCUAGUGAGGUUUCCAGGGAGCUGUGGCUAGGGCUGUGUGGGCUCCUUGUGUACAGUUCAGGAGAUGACAUGGGGGAGGAGGGUGAGCAGCCCAGGGGCAGGGAGCAGCUCUGGGCAAGUCUGAUUGAGGGAAGGGACCCAGGUAAUGGAAUCUUGAAAAAUGACCUCACUUCUUUGGUCAUAGACCUCAACAGAUCUUAGAACUCUGGUAACCAGGCACCCACAGACCCCCAUCCAGCUCACUUGACUGGCGACGGUCAACAGACAAAGAUGUUUAGUUGUUGUGUCCCGAUUUUUGGAAGAUCUGGGCUCAAGAAAGCCCAGAAAGAGAAUCUUUUUCGUCAUUGCCGACGUUGGCUCAGCCCUCAUCCCCGAUGCCUCUGGGCAUCUGGCAGGAGGCAGCGAAAGCGCUGGAGCCAGCGUCCCCUCCCUCAGCAGUGUUGGAGCUGGAGCAAGGGCCCACGUCGGCUGCAGCAGGAGUGGGAGCUGCUGAGCUGGAGUCACCUGGACCAUCACUUCUAGUGGGAAGUCCAUCUCCACCUGUGGCCAUUAAGGAGGGUGAGAAGAAGCCUAACCUCACGGCCUUCCCUCCUAAGCUGGUGGCGGAGCAGUUGACCGUGAUGGAUGCGGAGCUCUUCCGGAAAGUGGUGCCCUCUCAGUGCCUGGGCUCCACCUGGGGCAAGAGGAACAAGCCCGGCAAUGAGCACCUGGCACCCACCGUCCAGGCCACUGUCGACCACUUCAGAAGGGUGGUCAGCCUCGUCGUCACCACCUGCCUCGGGGACCCGAGCAUGGCAGCCCAGGACAGGGCGAGGGUGGUGGAGCACUGGAUCCAGGUGGCCCAGGAGUGCGAGAUCCUGAAGAACUUCUCCUCGCUCCGUGCUGUCAUCUCUGCUCUGCAGAAAACCUCCAUAAGCCACCUGAAGAACACGUGGGCGGAUGUUUCCUGGCGAAGAUUUGUGAUGCAGCUUUUAAGGCUACAUCUGGGCCUCCUUCCAUCAUGUCUAUGCUGCCUACACACUAGGCUCUCCAGUAUCCCUGCACGUACUUAUGUAAUGCUGUUUCAGGAGGAAAUGUCCUGGAGGCCCCAGCCUCUGUCAGGUACAUUGUGGCCACUCUUCCCUGAGGGAGUUGAUCUGGUGGAUCAGGGACGGGUUUUCAUUUCCCAGGCUAUGGGUCCCUCUAUUUGGCCACAGAAAACUGCCACCCUCUCCGUUGCAUGCCAAGGUGACUUCUGGGUUUGUGUGGUUCUGAAGUCCAUGGUCUCUGACAUUCGCCAGUUUACACACUCAGUCAUGAUUUUACUGACGUGUCCUAAAGGGCUAGAUGGGCCUGAACCCAUAGAUUUUGUAGCCCCCUGGGAUGGCUGUGUUAUUUUCCACAGCCUUGUGCUGUGGUUAUGUGUCAUGGGGGCUGUGAACCUUUCCUGUUGGGAGCUUUGAAAGAUGAGGCAUGAGAGGGGAGGGUGUAGGCAGGUCCAUUGAGGGAAUGCCACCACACUGAUGAUCCAUGGCCAUGAAUGGACACAGUCUUACCAAUCAAAAUACUGAAGUGCUUCCCAUCUGGUGGUGAACAGACACUGCUCUGAGCUCACCCUGAGAACCCACCCCAUGACCAGGAACUAAAGGGUUCCCACGUGGCUUUUUGAACAUCACGUCUGGAAACACCCUGUAAGACAAGGCCCAGAUGAACUGCUUGGCAGUUCUGAGCUAUCCUCCUCCAUCAGAAGGCUGCAAUUGUCCUUCAGACACACAGCAGGCUGGACUCUGCCAGGGAGGCCUUUACAGUGCAAGCUGGUGUUGAGCAUACAUCCUGGUUCCCAGCAGCCCAGGCCCUUCCUGACAUGGCACAGCCAUCCAGGAAAGUGAUUUGCUAAAGGAAAGAUAGGGAAGACUAUACUUUACCUCCAAAUAGAAAGAGAAGCGCCAGCUCCCAUGUCUAAUCAGGAUGAGGAGGUAGUCAAGGGUGCCCGCAGGGUUUCUACUGCAGGACUAUGAGGCUCCUGAGAACUGAUCCUGCAUGUAGCAACAUUUAAUAACCCUUGUGCCCAAUGAUAUAGCAGAAGGGCGACAAUUUAUUGCACCUUUGGGCAUCCAUUUGUCAAAAGUGCACUUACAGUCAUCCAUAAGAGAAUCACGUUUGCACAAUGGUACAUAUCACUCAAUCUUUUACUGCUUUUUUAAACUUAUGUAAAUUUAACUAAUGUACAAAAUACACAAAAGUACUCAAACUUAUUCAUACCUGAAUAAGGAAGAAAUAUAACAAUCACUCCAUGUUUUUGCAGGUAGUCACCCUUUCAUAGCUGGUAUUUAUAACUACCUUCUUCCAUUACCCACUUCAUAUUCCCUUUGCCUCAGCAAGCACCUCAGCUGGUUGUGGUUCUUUGCAAACCCUUUUCAAUUUCAGUGGUAGAACCUGACCUUCAUUCCUGAAGGGUCACAGCCAUUCCUAGUCCUGCCUGGACUGGUUUCUUGUAGUUUUCCAUUGACGUUAAUCACAGGGCAUGUGAUACUAAGAAAACCCUAAGGAAUCUCCUGUAUUCCUUACCUCCAUUGUGGAGCAGCAGUCCAGUUUCCUCUUGGUAAUCAGGAUCAAUCACCGCGGCCUGCAUGGAAACUCUCUUCCUUUUGCCUGUAGAGUCAGAGGCAAGGGGAGCCGUAAGGGGCUGGGUGGCAGUCUUAAUUUCCAGUCCAAUGAAAUCAAUGUGUUUUCUCCCUUUGGAAUGAAGAUCCCUAAACCAGUAGAGCAUAAGGUCACAUGAACAUGAAAAAAAAUUAUGCUAGUGGAUCAUGAGGGGUAACAGUGGUAGUAGUGAACGGUGCCCCUCGCAUUU